AUGUCCUCCGAUGGAAAAUACAUUGCCAGUGCUGGAUUGGAUGCAAAGGUCUAUGUAUGGAGCGUGGAGGCAGCACUCAAACAGCAGGGUGGUACAGAUGAUGUUAAUGUAAAGCCUGACACAAAGUCCAAGAGACAUCCAAUCCAACUGAGAGACUCCCAUCCAAUCAUUGCUAAACAGCUUGCAAAUAAUAGAGGCAUUGGGAGAUAUAGAUACGGCAUUACCCCUGAAUCUGAUGCAGAAGCUGCUGCAGCCAUGCAAUGUACGGAUGGCAAUGAGACUGAUAUUCCAGCACAACUUGCUCAACCUGCAGUAGGCAUACAAGGAUAUGAAGGACAACCCACAGAAACACAAGGCUCAAGUGGUAGGACUGGAGAAGUUUCCUAUGAGGUUAAUUGUUGUGGAUUUUUCUUUGGUCAUUGUUGUCCCACCUCACAUCGGUUGUAA